GGAGGAUUGUGCUUCGCACUAUCGCUCCACAGAUCAUGCGCUAACGUCUCCAUGGACAUCUACGAGUCGACUGCCGUGCUUUCUGGAGUCGGCGCUGGAAUAGGCGUGUCGCCUAGAGUGUGGCAGAUCUUGAAAGAGCUCGGACUAGAAGACGAUCUUCUGUCCAUCACACACAUGAAGGAUGGGCAGGUAGCUCCGCAUUCCAUGGUAUACAGAAAGGCAGAUCAGCCGCAGGGCAUUUUCGUAGGGAAGAUAGAAUCACCAUUUGUGACGUACCACAGGGCCCACUUUCAGAAAGUCCUUAACAAACAUCUCCCCGACCCAUGCAAGCUGCAUAUGUCCAAGCGCUUGACGACCUAUGUCACGAUGGAUACCAGCGAGAUACGUCUGCAAUUCGCAGACGGCUCUUCGGUGACUUGCAACGUCCUCGUUGGCUGCGAUGGCAUCAGAUCAACCGUUCGCGAUGCCAAGCCAGUGUGGACUGGGAAGAUCAUGUAUCGUAGUCUCGUUCCCAAGGACGUGCUCGAAGCUGCAUCUCCGGGAAAUCCGCUCUCACAAGAAGUGCGCAUAAGUAUGGGCAAAGACAGGUGUGUCAUCACAUAUCCGAUUUCGCAAGGCCAACAGAUCAAUUUCGGCGCACACGUAUAUGAACCUGCAUUAGAAGGCACACCGUACAACAAUCCCUGGAUGCACAAGUGCGCAAAGGAGGAGUUCAUCGGGGCUUUCUCUAUGUUCGAGUCCCAUAUGCAGGAUCUGUUGAACGACGGCUUCGUCCUGGCCGCCAUACUCGCGCAUCUUCGCGUUACGCGGGAAACGGUUCCCCAAGCUCUGCAGGUUUACGACCAGAUCCGGCGUCCUUUCUCGCAAUCGGUAGCAGCGAAGUCACGAGCUGUAGGGCACAUAUUCGACCUGCGGGGUGAGGGCAUGGAGAAGCUGACGUUGGAGGAAAGCAUCGCUGGCGGCGUGUCCAAGGAGCAGUUGGAGCAGAUGGAAUAGACGCUGCAAGGCAUGUUUGACUGGUUGAAGGACACCAGCGUGAUGCCUGAUCGCGACAGAGCUCUGGAGAUAUUGGACCUCCAGUUUUCGUCAUCACGCCUCGCAGAGCCCGGAUUCACUGUGUCUCGCUAUGCUCGUCUUUGAUCCGUCUCCUAGUCCCUAUCUAUGGCCC